AUGGAGCCACGAGGAUCUGACCCCAAGACUGAACCUGGACUCAGACCUGCUCCCAGCUCUGUGUCUCUGAAAAGGGACCACUCCACAGCCUUUCCCCCAGACUUUAGAGAGGAUCGUCCUGAAGAGGAGAGCCUCUGCAAAAUGGAGCCUCAAAGAUCUAAACCUGAACCUGAACCCAGACCUGGACCUGCUCCCAGCUCUGUGUCUCUGAAAAGUGACCAGUCCAGGGAUGUAAGUCCUGCAUUUAGUGAAGAUCCUCCUGCAGAGCAGAGUCUCUGCAACAUGGAGCCACAAGGAUCUGGCCCCGGGUCUAAACCUAGACCUGGACCUGCUCCCAGCUCUCAGUCCCUGAAAAGUGUUGCGUCGAUGGUUCUUCCUCCUCUUAACUUCAGUGAAGAUGGUCCUGAAGAGCAGAGGUGA